AUCAUGUUACGCACAGCAAACUCAGACGUUGUCACAAUCAAAUGGUACCCCUGGAAACAACAAUAAAGAAACUGUGUACGUAGCUAGCUUGCAAGAAAUACAAUACGAGUAAAAGACAAAAAGACGCCCAGUCUCUCGGCCGUUGCUAGAGACUCCAAGAGUGGAACCAUGGAUGUGGUGCGGUUAUUUACAAACCUACUAGCAGUGCACAGACAGCAGCUACAGGCCCUGGCUGUACAGGGGGAGAUCCAGACUGAGGCUCUAGCACAGUUACUGGAGAAGGAGGAGCUCAGGAGAAUGGAGCCAGAUGUGAAGCUGGAGGAGGUGAAGGAUCCUGAGGCCUACCUGCUGUUUUUGGAGGAGGCAGACUCCAACUCCAGGCUUUCUAAUGUGAAGUGGGGGCUCCUUGGUGGGGAGUGCCUCAGGUCAGGCGAGCCAAACUACGAGACACUGAGGGCCAGCCUGCAGAGCCAAGUCAGGGCAGAAGAGAGCCGACGGCAGGAGGACUUCAGCUAUCUGAGGUAUGACCCUGAGAGAGGGCCCAGGGAGUUGGGGCAGGGACUGGAAAGUGCUGCACAGCACUGGCUUCGGCCUGAGAGGAGAACGGCUGCGGAGGUGGUGAGGUGUGUGGCCCUGCAGAGGUUUGUGUCACUCCUGCCCACACACGUUGGAGACUGUGUGCUGAAACAGUGCCCCCAGGACAUGGAGGAGGCUAUCUACAUGGCUGAGGAGUACCUGAACAACACACCUGGGGAUAAGUGCAGUGAGAUGGAAAACCACACAGAUGGUGAGGGAUACCCUGCAGACCAACUGAGAGAGGAAGAAGCAGGACCUGCAGAACAUCAAGUUGACAGUGAGAAGAUGAAAGUCACAGGACCAGGGUUGUUUCUGAAGAGGAUAGAAUUUUCUAAAGUCUGUCAGUCCAGUACUUUCAAUAUAGAUGCCAGACAUCUGGAGGACAUUUACAGUGAGGAGAGGAGACUUGAUGGGGAAGAUGAUUUGGUUGAGGAAGACAAUUUUGCUGAACAUGAGGACUGGAUUAAGGAGGAGAUAAAAUACAAUAACCAGGCUGAGGUAGAGGGUGAGAUCAGGUCAGCCUCUGAGAUGGGACAGUCUGCUGUGGCUAGAAAUACUGAGAAUGUUGAGAGAAGUCAGCUUAGAAACAUAGCAAAUCAGAUGCCCGUCUUUGGAAGGGCCAAGAGAGGUGUAUCUUCCCCUGUCAUCUCCUCGUCCAGCCCUAACACCGCCGAGACAGAGGGAGAAACACCCUGCUGCCUGAAGCGGAAAAACAAAGAAGAUCCCUUCCAUAGACCAAGCCACUGCUGCCAUGACUGUGGUAAGAGCUACAAACGGGCUGCUUUUCUCAGCAAACACAGUUGCAGUGCCUUCCCUAAGUUCAUCUGUCCUGACUGUGCCCAAAUCUUUGCCUCUCAGAAAUGCCUGACCCACCACCGCAGGAGCCAUAAUAAGGCUCUAGGCUGCUCUGAGUGUGGAAAGCAGUUUAGGGACAAGUAUAAUCUGAAAUGUCACAUGAGGACCCACACAGGUGAGUCCCCUUAUACCUGUACAGACUGUGGGGAUGUCUUUGCUCAGCUGAAAGGGCUGCAGGAGCACAGGAACAUCCACACAGAAGAAAGGCCAUUCCGCUGCAGUGUGUGUGGGGAGGGCUUCCACCACAGCCACACCCUAACAAAACAUAAGCUUCUUCAUUCCCAGGAGUCUUUCCUCUGUACUCGCUGUGGAAAGAGCUUUAAACUAAAUGACGACUUGCUAAGGCAUCUGAGGACGGUGCAUGAUGAAAGCAUGUACCUCAAUGGAGAUCAGAGUUUUCAUAAGAAUGGAGAUAUUUCACCAAGGCCCUAUUGGAAUUGACUCUAUUUAAAAGAGUCCCCACUCAAAAUCUUCAACAUACUUCUUAUUAUUGGUGAGACUUGCGACGCAAACGUCCCAGUUUAAAUCUUUGUCAUAAUAAGUCUCAUUAGUGGGGCUUGCGAAGCAUUCUUCUACAUUGUUUAAGCUAGAAACAUCAUUCAAACUUUAAAAUGUGCAGAACAGUCAGGACCAGUGUGCUUGCAUUCAAGUUUUUGAUAUAUUUUAUUAUUUUUAAACUAAGCUUUUUGUCCUUUUUUACUUUCAUGGGAUUUCUUCAACAUUCUAAGUGUCCCAUUGUGACAUCAACUCCCAGACUUCCAGCAUUCCAUUUACUGUGAACAAUGCAACUUUUGACACAAACCUGAUACCACUUUCCCAACCAUUUUGACAAAAAGUUAGAGCAUAUGAAAUCUUCCUCUACUUCUUUGCAAUUCAAAUCUGAAAUUCGAACAACAAUCUCAUACCGGUCAAACCAUACAGCUGUUUUACUAACUGCAUCAAUGACAUUUCUAUGAACUUUUUAUAAACAACUUAAAUUUGGACCACUUUCCCAACCAGUUAGACAAAAAGUUAUUGUAUGAAAUCUUCCUCUACUUCUCUGCUAUUCAAAUCGGAAAAACUAAAAUAUCUGAUACCAGUCUAACGAUACAGCUGUUUUAGUAACCACAUUGACAUUUUUUAUAAACAACUGACAUUUUGACCACUUUCCCAGAACUUUAGACAAAAUCUUAGAGGGUAUGACAUCUUUGUCUACUUCUUUUGUUUUCAAAUCUGGAAUCAGAACAAAGUUAUUUACUACUAAUCAAAAGUUACAGCUGUCUGAGUUUAGAGUGAUGAAAAGCAGCAAGCUAACGCCAGCUAACAGCUCUCUGUUUCGUCAUUGAGCAGCCCAAACAGCCAUUGCUAUGGAUACUUGCAAAAACUUAAAGGUUUUGAUAUCUUGGUCUACAUCUCUGCUAUUCACAUUUGGAAUCAGAACAGAAUUAUCUUCUACUCGCAAAAACGUACAGAGUUUAACAUCUUGGACUCAGCUAUUUAAAUCUGGAAUCAGAACAGAACGAUCUUCUACCAAUCAAAAGUUACAGAGUUACUGCAGUUUGUCAGAGUUUAGAGUGGCAAAGUAGCUAGCUAACAUCAGCUAAAAGCUCUCUCAUGUCUCAUCAUUGAGCAGCCCAAACAGAGCCGUUGCUAUGGAAACCAAUGCAUUUCAAUGGCCGAAAAAGGGCCAUAGACUACAAUGAAAAAAGACCUAGAAUGUAUUAUCUCCUCUUUCACUGUUUAAGCUAUCGACUCCAAAUCAACGUUGAGAUGUUCAGACUGACCAUACUUAGAUUGCUUGUCAAAAGAUUUUGUAUACUAUAUACAUACAUUUUUUUUUACUAUAACCAUUAAAUGUGCAUAAAUUACAUUGGUUUUAAUGAGAACCAUAGGAAUACAGAAUGGUUUUGCUUUUGGCCAAUUUAGCUACAAGACCAACUUUAAAACAGUCAGGCUAUCCUAACUUCAAAUUCUUUGAAAUGUCUAACUACAUACAUUUUUUUAUUAAUUUGCAUAAAAUAACUAUUGAACCAUUCAAGCUAGAGAGAACAAACCAACUUUCACAUGUUCAGGCUAUCCUACAUUUUAAAUCUUUGUAACUAUAUACAUUUGCAUAAAAUAACCCACCAACAGUAAUUAUUGAACCGUUCAAGCUAGAGACAUCUGUUGCUAUGGAUACUCACACACAGAGGAGCACAUGGGGCAGCGCAGGGAGCAAAGGACAGACAGAGACAAUUCUGCUAUGGAUACUAGCGGAGAAAGUUAUUGUAUUUCUAAUUUCGGGUUGAGCAAUCAGGCCAGGGUAGGGUAGGGCCUGAACGUCUACGCCAUGGGUAGGUUUCUGCUUUUUUUCUUUCUUUCAAACUUCUAACCACUUUCCCAUCAGGCUAGACAGGAACUUAGUGUAUAACAUCUUCCUCUACUUCACUGCUAUUCUAAUAUGUUCCCAGACUCUGCAAAUAACAUCGACGAGCUAAGUACCACCGUCACUAGCUUCAUAAGGAAAAGCAUCGGUGACGUUGUCUCCACAGUGAAUAUUCUUCCCCAAUCAAAAGCCCUGGAUUAACACUGAGGUUGAAGCUAAACUAAAGGACAGGGCUACCACACACAGGGCUAUCGCAGACAACCCUGGGGCUACGGCUAAGGACAGGAACAAGUUCAAGUCCCGCAAUGAUAUAGUAAUAAGGUGGAAUCAUACUACACAGGCUCCGACGCCCACAACAUGUGGCAGGGGCUACAGUCCAUUACAGAUUACAAAGGAAAACCCAGCCGUGAUCUGCCCAACGAUGCCUCUCUUGCAGACAAACGCCAUGGAUUUUAUGCAUGCUUUGACAAUAACAACACUGUGCCUGAGGGCCCCCACCAACCCAGAGGACUGGGUGAUCUCGCUCUCCGAGGCUUACGUGAGGACGGUCUUUAUUCAGGUCAACACUCGCAGGGCUACGGGCCUGUUCGCAGAGCAUGCACAGAUCAGCUUGCAGGCAUAUUCGCAGUAAUUUUCAACCUCUCCUUGUCCCAGUCUGUAAUCCCCACGUCUUAAGAUAACUACCAUUAUUCCUGUUUCCAAGAACUCUUAAAGCUUUAUGCCGCAAUGACUACCGUCCUGUAGCACUCACAUCUGCAAUCAUGAAGUGCUUUGAAAGGUUAUUCAUCCCAGACACCAGACAUACUGCCCCAACAGAUCCAUAGACGAUGCAAUCUCAUUUGCGCUCCACACUACCCUCACCCACCUAGAUAAGAGGAAUGCCUAUGUGAGAAUGCUGAUCAUUGACUACAGCUCAGUGUUCAACACUAUUGUCCCCUCCAAGCUCAUCACCAAGCUUAGGACCCUGGGACUGAACACCUCCCUCUGCAACUGGAUCCUGGACUUCCUGAUCGGCCAGCCCCAGGUGGUGAGGGUAGGCAACAUCGCCUCCUCCACGCUGACCCUCAACACGGGGGUCCCAAAGGGGUGUAUGUUAGUCCCCUCCUGUACUCUCUGUUCACGUACGACUACAACACCAUCAUUAAGUUUGCUGACAACACGACUGCGGUAGGCCUGAUCACCGGCGACAAUGACACAGCCUACAGGGUGGAGGUCUGUGACCUGGCAGUGUGGUGCCGGGACAACAACCUCUCCCUCAACGUCAGUAAGACCAAUGAGCUGAUCGUGGACUACAGGAAACAGGGCUGCAGUGGAGCUGGUCAAGAGCUUCAAGUUCUUCUGUGUCCAAAUCACUAAAGACUUAAAAUGGUCCACUCACACGCACAGUUGUGAAGGAAGCACGCCUGCGCCUCUUUCCCCUCAGGAAGUUGAAAAGGUUUGGCAUCAAAUCAUCAAAAAGUUCUACAGCUGCACCAUUGAGAGCAUCUUGACAGGCUGUAUCACUGCUUGUUAUUUUACUGUAAACUUUUAUUUAAUCAGUGGAGCCCAAUUGAGACCAGGGUUUCAUU